CACAAAACAAUUAAUUGAGCUGUCAGAGGCCAGGUGGUCUUUGGAUCCAAAUGAACUAGAAGACCUUUUAAUGAAAACUAGUGAUGGCCAAGAUAUUAAGAAACAGAGCCCCAAACUUCAGAGAAAAACAAGUGCUGAGGAAGAACAGGUGCAACGUCCAGUCCAGGCUAAAGAAAAAGAUGUGGCUCAGCUGCUUUUGUCAUCUCCUAGUCAGUCGAUAGCCGUCAGUGAGCCUGAGUCAUCUGCAGUCAGAGACAAUGACGGCAUGAUGACAGAUGUCCUGCAGCAGAAUGUGGAUAAACUAGUCCUGAUCCAGAAAAGAGCAGAAAUGGCUGAGGAGGAAGCCCAAAGUUAUGAAAAACUGUUGGAUGAUAGCAAUAACAGACUGAAGAAACUUCAGAUGGACAUGGAAACUGAAAGGAUCAACAUGAGACACAAAUCAGAGGAUCUCCAACUGGAAGCACUGAACAUGAAGCAAACCAUCAAUGAUCUUCAGGAGGAAAUCAGAUCUCUUCAGAGAGCCACGUCCUCAUUGCAACAAAACACUUUGUUCCAGAGCACUGAAGUCGAAGGCCUUAAAGAGCAGCUGAAGAUCACCCAAGGUGAACUGCAGAAGAAAGGCUCCAUGGAGCAGGACAAUAUUCUCAAAGUUAACAACUUAGAAGAAGAGGUGGCUUCCAAGCAGACAGUACUAGAUCAGCUCAAGUUGAAAUGCAAUGAGUUGACAGGGAUGAAUGUAUCAUCUGACCGUGACAUUAGAGGUCUUAAGAUCCAAACAGAGUCACUGGAAAAAGAGAGAUCAUUUUCUGAACAAAAAAUCAAAUUGUUAAAGAGUGAGAUAGAGAGCUGGAAACAGCAGCUUCAAGCAGCGAAGGAAGAAACCAAUGUAAACAAGAGGACCGAGCAGGCGUUGCAGCUCAAAUGUCUAAACCUUGAAGCUGCACUUCAGAAAAGUGAAUUAGUUGCAUCUCAGUUGCAGAAAAGGGUAGAUGAGCUAAAACCGAUUCAUUUGGAGAUGGAACAUAAUCUGAAGAACGUAAGAGCUGAUCUCGAUCAGAUGACAAUGGCAAUUAACAGCAAGGAUCAGCAAAUUAACAUCUUCAAGUCUCAAGUGGAGGGCACUAAAUCACAAGUUAGAAUAAUUGAGGAGGAACUAAAUAAGAAAUCUCAGACAUCCCAUGAGCUCCAAUUGAAACUGCAGGAUUACAGCGAGGAGGUGAGGAAAAAGACUGAACUGCAGCAGAAAAUCAACACACUCAAUUCAAAAAUCGCCAAUUUUGAGAAAGAGAUAACAACUCUGAAAUCAGAGCAGAAGGUAGUGUUUGCUGAUAAGAAUUCUGCAAACAUUAAGAUCUGCAUGCAACAUGCUGAAAUUAAUGAUUUGAAUAUAACGCUAAAGAAACGAAAUGCAGAGCUGCAAAAAGAAUCUGAUGAGAGUAAAACAUAUCUCAAUAAAGUCAAGACAUUAGAAGACGAGCUCUUCAAACAUAAGCAGAGUAGUAAAGGGUUAUCAACAAGCAGCCCAGAGAAAAUGUCGGCAAACCUAAAGCAGGAAAUGUGUGUUCUUCAGAACGACAAGAGAGCAGCAGACAGGAACGUAGAGAUCUUGAAUGCUAAAGUAUCAGAACUCAGCUCCUACUUACAAAGAACUAAAGAUGAAUUGUUGAAAGAGACCAGAGAAAGAAAAGUCAAAGAAUCUAAAGUAUUGCAAAUGGAGACUGAGCUUCAUGUAACAAUGAAAGAAUCAAUGUCGAGAUCAAAUCUACAACAUGAAAAUAUGAUGCUUCAGAAAGAGAAGGCUGAGGUGCUGGAGAAAAGCAUCUCAUUGGGAUCUGAAGUCAGAAGGCUGAAAGAACAUCUGCAAGGCAUCCAAAAAGAAGCUGAGCAAAAGCAAAAGCAAAACUCUGUCCUUCAGCUGAGGUCCCAGGAGAUGGAAGAACAACUUGAAAAGUGCAAGAAAAUGCUCGAGGAGUUGAAAAGUAAACUAGAACUCCAUAAAGAGGGCUAUGAGAGGCAGCUGUUGCUCGUGCAGACUGAAGUAGAGAAAAAGCUCAUUUUACUUCAAUCUGAAAUCACGAGUGAACGUGGGAAUUCACAACGGCAGCCACAUAGUGCAGAACUAUUAGAGAUGCUAAACAAGUAUUUCAAACAAGACGUGACAAUGAUGAAAACAGUGCAUCAAACCGAUGUGGAAAGAAAGCAACAAUCUGACCAACAGCUGCAGACAAAAAUGAACAAACUGCAGCAAGUAAAUACAAAGCUUGAACACGACCUCUCAAAGGCAAAAUCACAAAUUACCCAACAUGAGGAAGACGGACUUAGACUCCACUCAAAAGGAAGCGCUUUACAAAGCCUUUGCAAUGAGAAGCAGAUUGAUACUGCUAAGUUGACAGAUAGCAAGUUGAACCUGGCACUGAAGGGAAAUGAAGACAGAGCUCUUCGGGAACAAAUACAGGCGUACGUCGAAGAAGUGAAAAGUCUUCAGGAAAAGCUCAGAGUCCAGAUGAAGACUGAAAACCAGAAGGUAAACAAACAGGAAGUCAUUGAAACCAGCAGUAACUACGUGAAAGAAAACGAGGCUGCUUCGUUGAAGACAGAACAUACAUUGAGGCAGAAGAUGGUGCCCUCCUAUAAAAGUGCACAAUACAUCAUGCAGGAUGAGAUUCUCAAGAUGGAGGUUUCCCCAGAGGUAUGGAUGAAGUUAGUUCAGCAUUACUGCAUUAUACUAUUAUAUUUAUAAUAAAUACAGUAUA